GCAAUUAAAUCAGGGUACACAGGUAUCCCAGGAGUUACCUGCCUUAGUAUGAUUUGUUUACAAAUGGAUGACAGAAUACGACUCUAAGUGUCAACAAUUACCUGCUGAUCAUCUACAAGAUAAACAAUGUCUUACAGAGUAGGAUAUACACUUUCUAGCACGCCAUCUACACAGACGAUGAGGACGUCAUUCCAGCGUGAUCGAGUUGCACCGAUUAUGUCAAUGAAUAGAAUUGCACAGUUAGCUUGUGAAAGGUUUCUUGUGCUAAUGAACGAAACACUCCUCAUCAAAGAACAUCGCUUGUCUAAUAUGAGCCAAGUACUUAAAUACCUCAACGGCAUGCACGAAGAUGUUGGUAUGUCAGGCGACAGAGGUGACUUCUAUCGGAGAAAACUUGCAGAACAGAUAUUUUUGAAAUUUGGAAUAUCCGGUGUAAAUCAUACAAAUGUGAUAGUUCUAGUAGAAUCAGCAAUCAGUUUGGAGAGAGCAACAAGGCAGCUAAUGAGUGAAGGAGGUCUGACUAGAGAUGCACCACCAAUAGAUAUUGAUGAAACCAUUCUGGACAUUCUUGCAAGACUUGCAGACAUGUUUUAAUGACGCAGUAACAACAAUCAUUCCUUGCAAUACAAAUAGCAUUUAUGUCAGGCCAAAAAUAAAAUUUAAAUUGUUUGAUGUUGCCUACCUACCCACCAAACAAAGCUGCAUACCCGAAAAGUUUUAUGACACAAAUUGUUUCAAUUUUUUGUUUAAAGAUUUGUUCUGCUCUAACCUCGUUUUCUAGUCCAAAACAUGUAACUUAAGUUGUUGGCCAAAGAAAAAAAAUCCCUACGUACUUUCCUAACCCUACAAGGCAUGCGUAGGUAACAUCAAACAAAGAAAUCUUUAUGGGUGGCCUAAUGUAUCAUUGACUCUAACAUGUUUAUGGGUUUUUAUGUCAUCUAAUUGUUUAAAACAACAAAGAAAGUAGUAAUAAGAUGAAUUUGCUUUACAAAUCGGAUUUUUUUAGUUUGCUGUGAAAGUUCAUUGGUAUCUUACAGAAAACAUAUUUUUGAACAAUGUGUCAUAUUUUGUCCAAAACAUAAGUACGAUAGCAAUAUAUUAAUUUUUUACAUGGAACGGACGCAAAGUGUAAGUUAACCCGGUCAGCUUUUCUAUUUUGUAAAACUAAUUGAUCAGUGAAAAAAAAUCUUAAGAAAUUCUUGUUUGGUUAUCUUAAUUGGAAAUGUUAUAAUUUGUUAAUUAUUUGUGGAUAUUUGAAAGUAACAUUUUUAUACUGAAAUGAUAUUUUUGAAUAUUCAAGAAACCUUUUAAAGCUUUAAUAUUGAAUAUUUAAUAGAAAUAAAGUUCAGAAGAAAAAUUGUUUUUUUUCCUGUUCACAUAAAUCACGUUAUAUAUGUAUUUUUAUGUAUCAUUGUUGUCAUGUUUCUUUUAAUGAAAUAAUUUUAUGAUCGA